AUGGAGUGGGAUCCUAGUCGCUUCUUCCGUGUAUCAGGGAGUCCGUCUCCGUACGCUUUGCUCGUCCUCAAUCAGCCAAUCAACGAGAACGCAUUCGGAGUAUUAAGCCAAUAUGCAUCUUAUAUCGUCUGUGCCGAUGGAGGCGCCAAUCGACUAUACGAUAUGAUGAAAUCGAAUGGUACCGAAUCUAAUGAUCCCCCCAACGCCAUAAUCGGCGACUUGGACUCUAUCCGACCAUCAGUACGAGAACAUUACGAGAACCUCGGAGUAUCAAUCAUAGAAGACCCAGACCAAUACUCAACAGACUUUACCAAAUGUCUAAAAUACCUCAAUGCACACGCAGCAGAGAUCAUUGCCUCUCCUCGUGUCCCAAACGAUUCAGUCAAAGCAAACGGCAGCACAAGCAAAGAUCCGUAUCCUACGCCAUCCGUUCAAUCAAAGGACUCACCUCUGGAAAUUGUAAUCCUGGGCGGUCUCGGCGGCCGUGUUGACCAGGCCUUCUCCCAAGUCCACCAUUUAUACAUGAUGACCCAGACGCAAUGCACGAUCCGCGAGAAUGAAAGCAAAACCAAAUCCACGGGUUCCAGCGCCAAGCCGGCUGCCGGUGGGAACCUUUACCUCGUUUCUGAGGAGAGUAUUACGUUCAUUAUUCAGACUGGGAAGAAUAUAAUCCACACGCCUGCUACGAGACGGGCGGGUAUUACAUCCGAGUCGCCGAAGAAGCGGAAGCGGCGUGAAGUGGAUGAGCCGAAGUAUUUCUUUGAGGAGAACAUUGGGAUUAUUCCGCUUUCCGCACCUGCUUCGAUUACGACCAAAGGCUUUGAGUGGGAUGUCGAGAAAUGGCAUACUGAGAUUGGAGGACAGAUAUCCACGAGCAACCAUAUCCGCGCGGACAAGGUGGAAGUUGAGACAUCUGUGCCGGUGUUGUUUACGGUGGAGUUGGCGACGAGGCUGAAGAGAGGAUCAUGA